ACCCCAUCCCUCCUCCGCCAGCCGCGUCCUCCCGGGCUCGAUGAGGAACUGUUCUUGGAGGAGCUGCGGGACGCCGAAACUAGCCAAUGGGAAGCUGCGAGACGCGGAGAUUGGCACCGUGGAUGGGAAGUGGCUCCCAGUCAUGUGCUGGUGCAGAUGGUACCAGCAGUGGCAGAAGUGAGCUGCAGCGUAGGAGAUACUGGAGACGCCGGUGACCGUGAAUCCUGGAGCAGGGCUGCAGGAAUAUUGAUCUCAGCGUUAUUUUGACCAUUAAUGAAUUAUGAAGGCAAUAAGCAGAGACACACACCUCCAGCCUCCUGGGAGCUUAGCCUUCUGCUACAACGUUUGCAUUUGAAUCUUUGACAAGCCUGACAUAUCCUCAGAACUGCUCUUCUGGACAAAAUUUCACAUUCAGUGAAAUGAAAGCCUAUUGUCAACUUGAAAUAAGAAACCCACAGCCCUGGGUCUUCUGCCUCUCUGCCUAACUGUUCCUCUUCUCGCAGAUGUAGAGAUUCAUUGGAUAGGGUCCAUGCUGUCUGCCAGGAAGAUGGAAAGUGUGAGGUAUCAUCUGGAUGGGCUUGCAAAAGAAGAGAUCCCAACCCCAAGGCUCAAACUGAAUUUCAGAUACCUGUGAAAACACAGCUCUGAGUUUGUAUGAAAAGAUCUGCGGUGCCCAAGAAACAAGAGCAUCAUCAGCACGCUCAGUGCAUCGGAUCAGACCGCGGAGUUGUUGACAGAAGCUUGGCGGGGCUCGCCAGCGCUCCACACGGAAUGCUGGCUUCCUUCUCAUACACCCCCUACCGUUUGUGUCUCUGCCAAUUGUAGCACAUCAGAGCGGCCAUUGAGAUAAUGACCGUGAAGUCUCAUGAUACACUUUGAUGAAGUGUAACAUUUUUUAAAGGAUUUUUGUCUGUGCCAAGAUGAUCGAGGCAGCUGACUAAAAAUCGCCCCAUCAAAAUCAAGGCUGAUUGAUGAACAGCAGGCGGAGGCAUGAGCCUCCCCAGAGAAGAUGGGGGAAUUUUGCAACCAAAGUGUCUUUCUUUCCGUGUCUACACGCAGCACAGAUUCCUUUUUUAAAAAGUCAUCUUUGUUUCAGAUGAAUUUAUGUCAGUGGCUGAUGCUUCAGCCGCCAACAUUUUUAAAUUCUUUUUUCUUCUGUCAACCUCCGAAAGAUACAAGGAGUGAUUCCUUUCUGACAGUUCUUACUAACGACUUAGAAAAUGAUGUUGUUAAUAACCCAGUGUUGGUUGGGAAAAGCACAUUGGGCAUUGCAGGGCAAUGCAGAAGUUUUCAGAGUCUGACCCUGCUGUAAUGUUCAGGUAAGCUUGGAUUUCUCUAGUUUAGCUGGAAUUGAGGGUAUCAUACACAAAAAUGGUUCUGAGCCAAUGAAAACCAACAUCAAGCCUGUGUUAAAAAAACAAAAUUCAAUGGAGUAAAUUUUAAAGAUCUUACUGGCUUUAUUCAACGAUUCCUGAAUGGGGCGGCAUCUAAUCUGGCAGAUAGGAAGGAGCUCCAAGGGGCUGUACAACAUGAAGGACUUUCGUAGGCAGACGGGAACGGAAACAAAGAAGUUACAGGAGCAAAAGGCAGAUUGGUGGUGGCUGGGCUACUUUCCUGUAGGGGAUGGCGGAGUCUGUCAGGCAGAUGACCUCACUAGGGCUGAUGAGUCAAUUCCUGAUUGACUGGUUUAAGAUUCCAUCUCUGAGAGAGCCCCAGACUGUAAUUAAAUCUUGGUUUGGUGAUGCAGGGGUUAGCAUAAGCCACUCCAUUUUGGGCUGUCAUCUUGUUUUUAACAGUAGUAACAUCAUAUGCAAAGACUGUGAGCUUCUUUGGGAGAAAAAUCAUGUAUUUAAUAUACUGCCCAGUCUGUCAUGACUACCAUUUAUUGGAUACUUGCUGUCACCCAGGAGUAGUAUCAGGUGACUAAGAUAUACACAGAUAGUGAGAAUUUUCUCUUGGUGUCCAUGAUCUUUGUUUUACCAUCCCCACUUAAGGUGAGGCAACCGAAGUCCAAACGAGGGACAUGAGUCCUGGGGAUGUUGAAUAACUUGGCCAAGCCCAGAGACCAUGUGCUUACUCACAAGGUGUGUUCUCUAUGCCCCUGUGGUUCACUGCUUCUAUUGUAUACCUGAUAGAGCUCAUUAAACAGCACUCAGUGGGAGAAGAGGAAGCAGUUUGUGGUUGAAUUGGUAAAGGCAACGAAUAAAAGGGAGUUAUGGUUUGCCAUUUUCAUGUCUCAGCUCUUCAGGAGGGCAUUAGGUACAUGGUGUCCUCUCAUACCAGUUAACCAGCGCGUGCUCAGAAGCCAGGGCUUGAGUGUGAGGGAAGCUGCGGGGAUGUUCUGGCUGACCUCUGUCUGUCUGAAGUUUACCUUAUCAUUCAAGGUUACAGCACAGGGCGGGUCCUACCCUUUGGAGGAAGUGUGGUUGGUGAGCUCUAGGACUUCUCAGAAUGUCACCAUUCAAGAGACACCUGUGCUUAAGCAAGUGCAGAAACCACAAGUGCAAAGGGGGUUGCAGUUCAGUUACUUUUCAAAUCUUUGUUUCUGCUUCUGGAGCAAGAAUAUUAUGUCAGAGUAGGGUGAAGGGCGGUAAACUGGGGCAAGAGUGAGAGUAAAGGAAGUCAGGGGUAGGGGAAUAAUGAUAAAGAAUGCUUGUGUUUGAAUGUGCAAAUGAGAUUCCCUUGGGCUUCUUUUAAAUGUCUUCAUACUGUUUCUGUAAGUACAAUCAAAUAAAAGGUGACAAAAGCUCAGACAACCGAACAAAGGCACCGAGCUCAUUUUGUGCACACAUUGCAAGGAAUAAACUACAGGGUUUCAUUAACCCUCUUUCCAAAGAAAACGUAGUUCAGGAGUCGAGAUAGACUCAUCCCAGCUUGCACGCGAUUUUACUAAUUAUUUAGACUUUAAAAAGAAACAGAACCCCAAAUCCGGGUUUUGCAGAGAAGUUCUGGCAGCUAAAUUUGGCCUCGUGAAAGAAAAAGGACCACAGAGGCUAAGAGAGGGCAGAAGUAUGGGGAAGGCAGGUAGGAGUUACAUACAUCCAUUUGCACAUGGAAUAAUGGACCGAGAGGUGUUCAGAGAGUUCUUUCAGCCUUCCUUCCGUACCAGAGGAUGGGCAUAUGCAUUUUAUAGAGGGCGAGUAUUCCACUGGGAGAGUGGAUCACAAACUCAUUAGCUUAUUUCAUGUAGAAAGCACUCAGACUCCAAAGGAAGAGGGCUCUGGUCUGGUUUCUUUCAGGAACCCUUGAGUGAAGGAACCACAAAAAUCCACCUGAUUUUAAAGAAAACUCUUACUAUCUGUUUGAGCCCAUCCCUUAACCUCAAUUUCCUCAUUUGUAAAAUGAUGGCUUUAUAUUCUCUGAAUCCUUUCCAGCACUAAAAGUGGAUAGUUUGGGGAUUCAUUAAGUACAGGCUAAUGCCUUUCAUUUCCACUGAUUCUAAGAGGAUCUUGAAACUAAUUGAAUCAGUCCAAAUUGACAAAUAAAAAGAUCUAUUUGUUACUUUACAAAAAGACUCCUUCCCAGCCUUUACUCAAGCCAGAGUUUCUCAAAGCGUGGUCCCUGGACCAAGGGCACCAGCGUCGCCCGAAAUGCAAAUGAUCAAGCCCCUCCCCCACCACGUGCUGAAUUAGAAACGCUGGAAGUGGGGCUCAGCUGUUUGCAUUUUAACAAGCCCUCCAGGUGAUUUGGGUGCUUGCUCAGUUCCCAGACCACUUGCUCUAGCUGUCCUGGCUGCCUAAAUUGCUUUUUUUGAGGUCAGUUUGAAACCUAGCUCCAGUUUUGCUUUCGUCAAGAAACCUUUCCAGCAUCUCCCAAAUGGAAUUAAGUUCUCUUCCUACUGUCUUGGAAUGUUUCCCUUCUACCGUUGUCAAGCUUCUUUGCAUCUGCCGUUAACUGUACAUUUGCAUUUGUGUGUGUUUGGCCACGAUGUGGAGCCUGGCAGGGUGUGGGAGGCAGCCUCUAAAAUGGCCCACAGUGAUCCCCAUUUGUUUCCUUCCUUUUGGGUGUGGGUUGGUCUAAUAAAACGUCUAUGGCAGAAGUGAUGGGAUGUCAAUUCCAAGAUAAGGUUAUAAAAAGACUGACACUCAUCUUGGUUGUGUGCUCUUGCUAGUCCUGCCUCCCUCCUCCUUUCUCUCUCUCACUGUCUCCUUCUCUCCCUCCUCUCCUCCUCCUCUCUCUCCUCCCUCGUCACCCCUUUUACCCAGCCCAGCCACCAUGUAAACAAGCCCUGGCUCUCCCAGACUGCCCUGCCAGGGAGGCCCUGGAGAAUGAGAGGCCACGUGGAGAUGUGUGGAGCCAGCCCUGUGGAAAGGCACGUGUAAGCCUGUAAGUGGAUCCUCUCCGCGAGCUGAACCUCGAAGUGACUGAAGCUCCUGCAGGCGUCUUGAUUUGAAGUCUUCCGAGGGACUUUGAGCUAGGACCACCCAGUUCAGCCUCUUCUGGAUUCCUGAGCCACAGAAACUAGGAGGUUUUAAAAGAGAUUGAAGCAUUUUCAUGAUCCAAGGGGCACACUUCGAGAAGCACUGCUUUGUACUAUGAGAUAUCAAAGGCACAGUAGUCUCCUGGAGAGGUGGGUGGCAGCUGGGGACACAGACACUGGCAGCAGCCACUAUGGGAGCUCCCCCAACUACGUGGACACUGGUGCUGGCCUCUCUUCCUUCUCUGCCCUGGUGAAUGACUGCUAAAGGAAUUUAAAGCAUGUAAAACAUGAUAAAUGUUGAUUUGUUGCCUAGCCAUUGAACUGGACAUCUUGCCUUCUUGCAGGGAGAAGACAGCUGUAUAUGAACCAGGAAGUAGGACUCACCAGACACAGAAUCUGCUGUGCUUUCAUUCUGGACUUCCUACCCUCCAGAACUGUGAGAACCCUACGGACCCAUGUCUGAGCUUUGGCUCAACAUCCUUGGAUAUUGACCCCGACCUCACCAUCCUGUGCGGCUUGGGGUUGCUCCUUCUAUUCCUAUGCUACCUGGUGGGGUUUCCAUCUUUACCAGCCUUCUGCAAAACCAAAGACAUCCGAAAGCGUCAGGGCAGAGCCAAGAGGAGAAGGAAAGGUGGAACAUCGAAAGGUUGGAGAUGUCACCAGAGAGAAACAGAGGAGAAAACGAAGCUGAUUUCUAUUCUGAACAGCCCCCUGGGCCGGCAUGAUGAUACCACCCGCUUUCGUCAACUGUUAUGUCCAGACCCCUUCUGUGAGGUGUGUAAUAAUGCAACUGCUGAGGUCAACUGGCUGCUGCACCCGGAGGCCCUGGAAGAUGCUACUUCCUCUGCAUCCCCUUUGGUUUCUACAUCUCCUGUGACUGAGUCAUCAUUUACUCUGUCCCCUGCCUUCUCAGUAGUCCCUCUAAGAGACCUAGCAUCAGCCUCCCUGUCUGAACCUUCCCCACUGGCCCCCUCUAGUCUCUCACCUAACCCAAUGACCCCCUUAGUUGACUUUUUUUCACCCUCACCACUAGGUCACUCUCUGGCACCAGGGCCUUUUCCUUCUUUGGAUUCUGAAUUCCCAGUGGACUAUUCCUCACCCCAACCCCUUGCGUUUCCCCCUCUCCUAGCACAUGACACUCAGACAGCAGAUCCUGUUGUCCCAGCAGAGGGCACGAUGCCUCUGAAUACCAUCUUCUCUCUCGAUCCCACCUUCUCCCAAGAUAUCAACUCCUUACAAGUUUUGUCCCAGGCAGUGAAUCCCCCUGAUUCAUUUGUUUGUCAUCAUGCACCACCAACCCUGCCUGUUUCACCACAGCCAGACUGCACUUUAACUGUCACUCAGUCUAAAUCGUUUGCCAUCUUAUUGAAGCCUGUUCCCGAGAACUCACCUCCAGAUAGCCCAGAUGCACUGUCCACUUAUGUCCCAACAAUCAAAGGCAUUGACCAUUCAAGCCUGUCAGUCUCAAACUUCUGGUGGCAGGCUCAUACCAAAGACUUGUUCCCUUCGACCUUGGCACAAUGUGAUUUCAAUCAAGAGUUUCUUGCUCUCCAUUCUUCAGAGGCCUCUUUUGAGGGAGACCCUGCAGCCAACCUUGUAGAGCCUGGUAACCUCUCAUUUCUCAGCCCUGAUGUCCUGGCACUCCUGGAGAGACAAGUCCAAAAAAGGAGCAAUUGCCUGACGUGGAAGGAAAAGGAAAAGGAAAAAGAUUCUUUUCCAAAACAACUUAGCCCAAACUACCAACUAAAUUCUCCAGGGAAAAUGUUAGAAUCAGUGGCUGAUAAGCAUGACUCUGCCAUCUCCCUUCCUUUUUGGAGCAGCAGAGACAAACCAAAGGAGCUGCAUGUGCCUCAGCAGUAUCCUAAGACCUUAGAAGACCAUUUACAGCAAAAACGUAUCCAGCUCUUCUGGGGUCUUCCAUCUCUGCACAGCGAGUCCUUGCCUUCUGCUGUUCGUGUCUCAGGUGAUGGCUCCUCAAUCUUUAUUUUCAAUGGAAUCUCGAAUACCUCCACAGGCCAAGAAUCCCCACUACUUCCCCAUCCCCUACCUUUGUCCUUGCCUGAGAUUCAGCCUGAACCCUUGCCUCAAACUCUGCCUCAGCCACAGCCCCUACCUCUCACUCAGGCCCAGCCCCAGGCCCAGCCUCAGUCCCCACUCCCAGUCAUACCAUCUAGUCCUUUACCCCAGAUUAGGAUCUGUGGAGUGUGUUUCCAUAGACCUCAGAAUGAAUCGGAGUCUCUUGCCUCAUCUGAAAUUCAACACCUGGAAUGGAACAUAUUGCAGAAACAACAGAAAAGUUUGUGGGGUUUACCCUCUGUGGUCCAAAGAUCUCAAGAAGAGUUUUGUCCAUCAGUUUCUGACACUCCUCACUCCCGGCCCUCCCUGGCCCAUGUUUCAGUCUCCAUCCUUCCUGGAAAGUUUCCUCUCAGUGAUGAACUUCGGAAGAAACUAGAGCAUCACCUUCGGAAGAGGCUCAUCCAACACCGGUGGGGCCUGCCUCGCAGAAUCUACGACUCUGUGUCACUGAUGAUGCCUCCAAGACAAUUUUCAGAGAUUUCUGAGUUAGAGAGCAAUGAUGGAGUUUCAUUGAUCGCUGUGUUUAAGGGUCAGAGUAGCAAAAAUCUAAAUGUUGGAUUGAGCCAACCUGGAAGCUUCCAUGAGAAGGACUCAGAAAUGCUCCAGCUAGAGGAAGAUGUGGGGAAGGAUCAGGGACAUAGCCAAGAGAAUGGCCCAAAAUAUCAUCUGUUGAAUGACCCAAAGAGCUCUUCAGAUAAGGAUCUGGGGUAUGACUCUGAGAAAGACCUAAACAGUCAGAUGGAGAGUCCCUCAGAGAAAAAUUCAAGGGAAUUAGCAGGGAGUCUAAGUCAGAGACAACUUGAAAAUGUCCUCAAAGUACAUUUGAGCAAGAAGUUUGAGGAAAUCAGUGAGGGCCGGCUCCCUGGGACUGUGCAUAGUUCAUGGCAUGCUAUUAAGCAGACAUUGUUUCUUUCUGUGAAAUCCCACACUCAGAUAAAACAGAGAAGUUUGUCAUCAUCGGUGGAUGAGAGCUACUCCCUGAAUACCUGCCAGGAUCUUUCCUUUGUUGAUUCCAGUGCACACCAGAUGCUGGAAACCCAUAUCAAAAGGUUUCGUAUGAGGAUGGUGUGGGGACUUCCCCCUAGAGUCGUUGAAUCCAUAGAGAUCUUUAAAUUGAAAGAUGCAUCAUCCCAGUCCUUGUCCCAUUCCAACUUCCCCUCUUCGACCAAUGUGAUUUCUGAGGUGGACUCCAAAUCUGGGGGCUUCAAGUCCUUUAGAGGAAGCUCUAAAUCUCUUUAUGGAAACAUAGUGGAAACAACAAAUUCAGCCUCUGUUCUGGAUCAUUCUCUUCCUGCCACCUCACCUGUGGGCAAAGAAGGACAGAAGGUCCUGAGACAAUCACGCUCUGAAAUCAACCGUGGGCUUGCAGAGGAUGUUCAGAGACUUAAGAAUGCCAGACAGACUCCUCUACCUGUCACACACUGCGUCAGAGGGAAAGCAAGUCAGAGACAGGCUCUACUAGCCAAUAGAUACCCCCCAAAGCUGCCUGCAAAGCAAGCUGGGGCCAGAGAUAAGCCACAGUGUAAGAGUAUGAGUUCCAGUGAUAGAGCAGAAAAGCAACAGGGCAAAAACAUGGAGAAGUCCCAACCUGUUUCCAUGCCCAAAGUGUCUAGGGAGAUAUUCAGGGCUGAGGAGCUCAAUACUCUUCAAUUAAAAACUAUUGGUAUGUUGACAACCAGCAAGCCAGGAAGCUCCCAAAUGAUAAACCUGAAUGAGAGUAAAGUAGAAACUACUGUGACCACCAAAAACCCCCCACCAAAGCUACCAGUUCCCCCAGAUCCUAAAUCAUUAGACCUUAAAGAACAACUGUUUGGUGAGUUAAAAUGUAAAUUGGAGAACAGGGAACAUAGCCAGGCUCAAGGCCAAGCUACUGACAUGUCCCUUGCUUCAGAUAACUUGACUUACAAAGCCUCACUGACUCAUACCCAGGGUGUCUCAGGUGGGGACAUGGGCACUUCCCAGGUGCUACAUGUCCAUUUAGGUGAUAGAGGACUCGGGAUGGAGCAGCAGCAGGAGACUUGGGUCCCUAAACAUGUCUUAAGGAGGUGCCAGGGUAAGAAUUUCCCACCAACUGCAAAGAGAGUGAGCCCUCUGGGACCCAAAGCAGAAGAGCUUGGUGGAGGCGAUGCAGGGCUUGGGACAUCCCAACCUGAAAGGAAGAGUUUCCCUACUCAGGAGAUGGCAGUUGAGGAGACACUUGGGAGCAAGUCUUCCCAGACCCUAUCACAGAAGGGACAGCCUCCUUCUGAAAGCCUUAUCAAAAAAAGAAUGAAGCAUUUUUUGCAAUGGCUUUAUCCUGGGGUAAAAUGCAAAAGGCAAGAAGAUCCCCAGAAAAAAGGCAGCCCCAUAUUAACUGCCCAGAGCAGAGGCCUCGUUAAAAGUAAAGCUGCCUUUACAAGGACGACUGAAGCUCAGAAAAUCAUGACAGACAUUGGGAAGUUCUUAGAGGAGAAACUGGGGUGUCAGCAUGCAACUGAUGUCACCUGCUCUCAAGAGCCCCUUCCUUCCCCAGUGCAGUUUGGGAAAACUCAGCAAAAGGCAGAAGUGCAGAUCCGAGCAGAGCCGGUUCAGGGGCAUCCUCUCAACUAUGAGGCUCCCUCCUGUAAAGUGACAAAUACCAAGUCUUGCCAUCAAGAAGCUAUCUUUGCUGGUCCAAGUCAUCCUCCAAGUGCUAGACGGAUCAGAGACAGGAACAGACACCCCCAGAAAGUUGUGGCAUUUAAGGACCAGCUAUUGUGUCAGAAACAUCCCCCACCAGUGCCCCGUAGGGAUCCUGUGCCCCAUCUGAACCCCACCUGCAGGCAUCAAGCUGGCCAGGGCCCUCCAGCUGCCAUCACCACUGCUGAAGGCUCUGUGUUCAGGGAUCUGUCUCUACUGUUUAGACAGAAAAUGCUUCUCCAGGAUUUCCAUGGAGGAAAAUUUCCCACUCCAAAAUAAUUCCUUCUUUGUGGAGAAUAUUCAUUCUUCCCAAUAAAUGUUUCUCUAAUAUA